UUCCAAAGCAAACCACGUGCUGUUCAUGGAAAAACCAGAUAUCGGUUUCAGUUUGAUGAAAAUGAAGGUCCAGUUCCAUAUGGAAAUAUUAUGUAUGACAGAAGAAUCGUUCGUGGUAACACGUAUGCCCAAAACACGCUACCCAUAAGUGCUCAGCCAGAUCCAAUUGAAAUACAAAGACAACAAGAGAUUCGUCGAAGAGCCAUUGCAAAAAAAAGAGCAAAAGAACAACUUCGCACAAAAUCACCCGAUGCAGUUGAAGGUAGAAAGCAUACUGAAGUACAAACGGAACUUUACCUAGAGGAACUGAGUGAUCGAAUUGAAGAAGCUGAUGUUGAUACCCAAACUGAUGCAUUUUUAGAUCGACCACCUUCUCCUUUGUUCGUUCCAGCUAAAACUGGGAAGGAUGUUUCAACACAGAUAAUGGAAGGAGAUCUCUUUGAUUUCAAUAUUGAAGUGAAGCCAAUUUUGGAGGUUCUUGUUGGAAAAACAAUGGAACAGUCUUUACUGGAGGUUCUUGAAGAGGAAGAAUUGGAAAACUUGAGACAACAGCAAAGAGAAUUUGAAGAACUAAGAAAUGCUGAGCUGGUUGAGAUGCAGAGACUUCAAGAACAAGAAAGAAGGCACAAAGAGGAAAAAGAAAGAAGAAUGAAACAGCAAAGAGAGGUUCUUAAAAAAGAGAAAGAAACUGCUGAAAAAAUUGCUGCCAGGGCAUUUGCUCAGAGUUAUCUUGCUGAUUUGGUUCCAUCUGUUUUCAGUACCCUACGAGAUAAUGGAUACUUCUAUGAUCCGGUUGAACGUGAUGUAGAGCAAGGAUUUAUUCCUUAUAUUAUGGAAGAAGUGGUGAAAAAGGUUGACAAGUCUGUUUGUGCACGUACACUUCUUGAUGAUAUCAUCCGCUCUGUGGUGAAAGAUAGAGCAGCAGCUUUCAGCAAUCUUUCUGCUCCAACUUUGACAGAUCAAUAAAGUUAAAUUUGUUUGUAUUGUACAGCUUUGUAAUAAAGAUAUUUUGUUUAUAAUAUUGUUCUUUAUAUGAUUACCAAUACAUGUGUUUUGACCAACAUUUUAGUUUUGUCAUUUCCAAUGUGCAUGUUGAGUAAAAAUACAAUUGCUCUGAAUAAA